CUGCGGAAGUCGUGUCGCUGCAGGGAAGAGUGAGCUGCUGAGCGCCGCCGCUGGUUUUCUCGUUAUCUGUAGAAAUAUCUGCGCUUAUUUGUGCGGAUGGAUCUGCCUGGCCCGGAGUGGACACAGCAUGUAGAGCAGAGAUGGACCCGGCUGGGAUCCGCGAGCAGAGAGGGCUUUUCGCUGCUGACGGACACAGACGGGGUUUUCCGCUUCGCCCAGUCCGGAGUUCAGCAAGAGGACCUUGAAGUUUUGUCCAGAAUUUCUGAGAGGUUUCCUGUGAAGAAGUCUCCUGAAUGUGCAGCCAGGUUUAGGGAACAAGGUAACCUCAGUUUUAAGAUCAAGGACUACAAAUCUGCUGCACUGUAUUAUUCCAAGGCUGCAUGUCAUGCUGGUAAAAGUACAGAGCAGCUGUCUUUAUGCUAUGCUAACCGUUCAGCUGCCCUCUUCCACCUUGGUCUGUACAGUAAAUGCCUGGAGGACGUCCAGCGGGCUCUCGAUGAAGGCUAUCCCAGCCACCUGCGGCACAAGCUGAUGGACAGGCGCGCGCAGUGUGUGAAUCGGCUCAAAGAACAGGAUCAACCAAAAACGCCGUCCUCCAAACAUCAGACGCCACAGACCGCAGAUAAGAACGAUGGGAAUACCCGUCCGCCAACUGUUCACUUCACUCCCGAAAAGGGUCGUCACCUGUUGGCCGCUGAGGACAAGUCAGCAGGGGAGGUAGUGCUCGAAGACGAGGCUUUCAGCUUUGUUCUUAUACCUGGCGAUGGACGAGACACGAAGACCAACAAAGCCUGUAUAUUCGGAACAGAGGGCAGAUACUGCCAUCACUGCUUGUGUCUGACUUUGAGCACUGUGCCAUGUGUGGGCUGUAGCUAUGCCCAGUACUGUGGACAGAGGUGCGCAAGCGAGGCAUGGAGACAGUAUCACUGCUUGGAGUGCCCAGUUGGCUCGGAGCUGCUGGCCCUUGGAGUGCUGGCACAUCUGGCCUUGCGAGUUGCUCUGAAAGCUGGGCUAAAGGAGGUCCAGAGGGCAAGACACAGUUGUUCCAACACAGAUGAUGUGCCAACGUCAGCAUGUGUCAGAAGUGACACAAGCAACGACAAACCUGGCUCCGGCGGAGAAAGUUCCCACUCAGAUCUGAAUGUGGAAGAGUCCAGCAGGUGUUCUGACCAUUCAGACUGCUACCAUGGUAGAUCAUACCUGGGCAUAUACAGCCUGUUACCACAUGUGAUGAAUCACCCCCCCAGCUUGCGCUUCCUGCUGGCUUUCACCAUGGUGGCGCUCUCUCGGAAGCUGGAAGAGGUGGGGUCUUUACCCGAGGCAUGGUCACGUCAUGAGCAGGAAGGAGAGAUUGGGGACUGGAGAGAGGAGCAGAGCAUGCUGGGAGCUACAGCUCUGAGACACAUGAUGCAGCUCAGAUGUAACGCUCAGGCUGUGACUGCAGUCAGAGUCAAAGAGGACGGCGGCCUAGCAGUGCAGUCCAGUGGGGAGGUCCGCAUUGCCACUGCAGUUUUCCCCGUCCUCAGUCUGCUCAACCACUCCUGUUGCCCCAACACCAGCAUCUCCUUCAGGCUGGGACUCGGCUCAGAUGCUCCAGUUUCUUCGGCUCCAGGCGUCGCAGUGACCAUCAGAACAUGUAAAGAUGUUGCUGCCGGACAGGAGCUGCUGCACUGCUAUGGCCCACACUGUAGCAGAAUGGAUGUAAGGGAACGCCAGCGCCUCCUGCUGGAGCAGUACUUCUUCCACUGCCACUGUGAGGUUUGCAAGAAGGAGCUAGCAGCUGGAACUGGGAAUCUAGCAACAGCAUCUCAUGGGCUCAAGUGUGAAAGAUGUAGAAGCUCCCUUCAGGCCCGUGCAGACGUCCAUGUUUGUCCACAGUCGUCCUGUAAUUAUCGAAUCUCAAACACAGAACUGCAGGGAAGAAUACAGACGCUGCAGCAGCGCCUGGGCCGAGCAGUAGAGCUGAUGGAGAAUGACAGACUAGAUGGGGCCCUAAGGGUCUUACAGGAAGCUGCCACUCAGGCAGACAGCAUCCUAAUGAAGACUCACCCGCUGCAGGGGGAGCUGGCUGAUGCAACAGCACGUGUGUUUGCUACCCUGGGGGACUGGACACAAGCUGCAUCACAUUUGAAACGCAGUGUUGCUGCUGUCCGUUGCCAGUUUGGGGAGGACAGUGUGGAGCUCGGCCAGCAGCUCUUUAAACUGACACAGCUGUAUUUUAACGGAAGAGACAGGCAGUCUGCUCUGUCAGUAAUUCCCACAGCUCAGCGUCUCCUCUCCCUCCACUGUGACCCUCACUGUGAGGAGCUGCAGGAGCUCCAGCAGAUGGAGGCCUGCCUACACGGAGCAGAGUAGCACAAAGACAUCCUCACUCACUCGUGAAGAAACUCAGUCUUCACAGGGUUUGGUGAAGUGUAGCCUCUGUUCUGUCAGCUUCGCUGUAUUACACAGUGAGAUUCAAAUAUAUGGAUGCAUUUCUGAGACAUUUUUAAAUAAACAUAA